UGAGGGGACAUGGAGGAAAGUGAAUUGUCUCUGGUCUUUUUUUAAACAAGCUUAGGAAGCACACGGGGACAUUUGAUGGUUUCAUUAUUAAGCAAAUCCAAUUUGAAGACUUCUGCCCAGAUCGCAACAUCAAGGGAUAAAACCUUUCUGCUUCUCAAAUGUCUAUAAAGAAAAGUAACCGCCUUAGCAAGGAACAAUAGAAAAAACCCGCACAAUUUGAGGUCUCAGAAGGUCAAGCCCAGGCUCAGUGGCUCACCGUCUCAGGAAGACCUGUUGCCUGUAGAUCCAGAUGAAGAACUGCCAGCUCCUUCUCCAGCACCAUGUCUGCCAGCAUGCUGCCAUGCUUCCUGUCGUGAUUAUAAUGGACUAGACCUUUCAGCUGUAACAAGGGGCUGCUUCGAAGACCUCCUGGACUUAUCAGGCCACCGUAGGACCCACCUGUCUGUCGAGGCCUGGCUGCUUCUGCGGCUGCGCAGGAGGAUCAGCGCCCCGCCCCGCCCCCACCGCGUGCUGGUUCAAUCUGGCGUGCGCAGCUUCGAACCUGGUGGCCGUGCCCUGGGCGGAGGCUGCUUGUUUUCCCGCCGUUUCCUGUGCCUCGUGAGGGAGAGAACCGGAUGGUCUGAGAACAGAAACGUUGGAACCCGGCUGCCAAGCUGAAUGGAUUGGUUUCAUUGCAACCAGUGUUUCCGAAAAGAUGGGGCCCAUUUCUUUGUCACCAGCUGUGGCCAUAUUUUCUGUAAAAAGUGUAUGACUUUGGAAAAAUGUGCUGUUUGUGGAAAUCUUUGCAAGCAUCUGGCUCUUUCUGAUAAUCUAAAGCCUCAAGAAAAGAAGUUCUUCAAAAGCCCUGUAGAGACAGCUUUGCAAUGCUUUAGUCACAUCUCUCAGGUGUGGUGCUUUCAGAAGAAACAAACAGAUCUUCUUAUUGCCUUUUAUAAGGACAGAAUUACAAAGUUAGAAGCAGCUGUGAAGGAGGCCCAGGAAAUGGCGGCCAGCCAGAACAAAGAGCUAUCAGCCUUAAGAAAGGAGAAUGGAGAACUGAAGAAAAUUCUAGACAUCCUAAAGGGAUCUCCAAGCUGCUACUAUGGAAGCAGGUUAACCACACCUCGACCCGUGGGUAUUACUUCCCCAUCACAGUCAGUUGCUCCACGACCCAGUUCCCACCAUAGCAGCCAAGUAGUCAGUCGCUCUUCUUCUAUGGAGUCCAUCCCUUACACAGUGGCUGGCAUGGGUCACGUGGAACAGGGAAGCAGAGGUCUGCACGUAAGGAGCACUCCUGGAGACUCUUACACUGAAACCCCUUCUCCAGCUUCAACUCAUAGCCUCUCUUACAGACCUUCGUCUGCCUCCUCCGGACAGGGGGUUUCUUUUAGGCCAUUCUUCAGUGGGGAUUCAGGCCACACAAGAGUCCUCACUCCCAACAAUUCUGGUCGGAGGGAAAGCAGAACCACACCAGAGAGUCUUCCUGGUUUCCAACUUCCAGUCCUACAGACGUUCUACCAACAGAGGCAGAUGGGACUAGCCAGGAAAGACGGAUGGAACAUUUCCAGAUAGACAUCCCUCUUCCAGGUCUGCUCUGUGCAUAAUGCUCAAGGUUGGCCUGCAGUGUCCAGUUCUCUCAGGGGCUAUGGGCACUUGCUGGUUCCUGGUUUCAGUCUGCAGCUUGUUUUCUUGAACGUUAUCUUACAUGUCUUUCUCUCCAAACAUUAAAAAAAUUUUUAAAAACUGUG